AUGGAAAAUAAUGUCACUGAAUUUAUCCUCAUGGGUCUUUCCCAAAAUAAGGAAGUACAGCAACUAUGCUUCUUUUUGUUCCUACUCUUUUAUAUGAUCUUCAUGACUGGAAAUUUUUUCAUUAUAAUAACUAUUCAAAGGAGCUCAAAUCUCAACUCUCCAAUGUACUUCUUCCUUAGUUUCCUAUCCUUUGUUGACAUCUGCUAUUCCUCUGUUACAGCCCCCAAGCUGAUUAUUGACUUUCAAGCCAAGGUCAAGAGAAUCUCUUUUGAUGGUUGCAUGGUCCAGCUCUUUUUUGUCCAUCUGCUUGGCUGCACAGAGGUCUCUAUCCUCAGAGUGAUGGCCUAUGACAGGUACGUGGCCAUCUGUAAGCCUCUACGCUAUUUGACCAUCAUGGACUGGAAAUUCUGCUUCAUAUUGGUGGUGUUCUUUUGGUUAGGAGGCUCUGUGAAUACUUUUAUCCAGACCAUGCUCACUGUACAACUCCCUUUCUGUGGCCCCAACCUGAUCGACCACUACUUCUGUGACGUCCACCCUUUACUGAAGCUGGUUUGCACAGACACAUAUGUGGUGGGGCUCAUUGCAGUGGCCAACGGUGGCAUGAUUUCACUGAGCUCCUUUGUCAUUUUUUUGGGCUCUUACACAGUCAUCUUGCUUUCCUUCGAGUCUCGCUCAUCAGAGGGGAGGCACAAGGCUCUGUCCACAUGCGCUUCCCACAUCACUGUGGUAAUAUUAUAUUUUGUCCCCUGCAUCUUCAUCUAUCUGAGACCUUCCACCACUUUUCCUGAGGACAAGAUGGUGGCUGUAUUUUACACUGUCAUCACACCCAUGUUGAAUCCUCUGAUCUACAGCCUGAGAAACACGGAGGUGAAAAAUGCAAUGAAGAGACUAUGGAUCAAGAGGUUGUUGGGCAGAAACAGGAGAGACCUUGGGGAUUGA